AUGACAUCUGACAGCAUCAACAACAAGCCAUUUUUUGUGCAAAUACCAUCAGUGAAAAAUUCUGCAAAGCUUGCAAAAGAAGUAAAUCGAUUUUCUGUGUGCUUCAGGAAAACUCGUUCAGCCUUUAAAUUGCAUUCAUUGAUGUUACUUUGUGUUGCUGCUUUCACGUUGAAAAUCUCUGCAUUCGUCUGGGAGAACCCGAAGCGAAACUUUUUUCACGCUACCAAAGCAGGAAGUGUAAAAGCACAUUUUGUAACGUUCUCAAAGGUAGAUAAUUGA